UGGGGUUGGGAACUGAGUGUGGGGGUGCUGGACCUUCCUGAGCACUGUCAGAGCGUGGCUGCUGGUAAAGCUCCCAGCCACCCACUCGAGUCCAGGGCUGCUGGAGCUGCCUGAGCACCGUGUUGGAGUGUGGCUGGUGCUGAAGCUCUUGUCACCCACUUGGGGUUGGGGCCUGAGUGUGGGGGUGCAGGAUCUUCCCAAGCACUGUGUCAGAGCUGGAGAUCCUCCUGGCCACCUGCCUGGGGUUGGGGGCUGAAUCCCAGGCUGCUGGAGCUUCCAGAGCACUGUGGCAGAAUAUGGCUGACACCAAAGCUCCCGGCCACCCGCCUGGGGUUGGGGAUUGAGUCCUGGGGUGCCAGAGCUUCCCGAGCACCGUGGCAGAGUAUGGCUGACACUGAAGCUCCUGACCACCCGCUUGGGGUUGGGAACUGAAUCCUGAGGUGCCGGAUCCUCUCAACCGCCGUGUAGGAGCGUGGCCCUUGGAGGCCCUCCUGGCCACCUGCCUGGGGCUGGGGGCUGGCUCCCGUGGUGCCAGGUGAUCCCAAGCCCCGUGUGGGAGCGUGUCUGGCUGCGAAGCUCCCACUCAGCCUUUUAUGCGCCGGUGUCCCGGUGGAGCCUCCGGCGGGGCCAUCACCGGGAGCCUGAUUGGCUCCGGCGGCCUCUCCGCCGCUUCCAGGUUGGCGUUGGUGUUCCUCCCGUUCCUCCUCCCCAGCCCAGGUAGAGCCUUCCCUGACCCGCCACCUCCCACGGUUACACCUCGCUCCGGCUCGCCUCUACCUCCAGCUUUUUUUUCCCCUUUCCCCUCCCCUUCCUUGCCUUUUUUUUUUUUUUUCGUUUUCCACCUUUUUUUUUCCCCCUUUUUUUUUUUUUAUUUUAAAUAUCGUUUGGCACCCAGCCUGCUCUGCCCCCGGGGUGUGUGAGGAAUGAGCAGCGGGCUGGUGCUGCGCACCCCGCUGCCCGAGGACCCCGCGGUGUUCACGCCGCUCAAACCCGUCACCAUGUCGGGGGAGCCCGGCGAGGACACCCCCGUCUUCGAGGACAUCAAACCCCCCUCCCGGCCCCUGGAGAACCCGCCCGACCUGGCCCAGCUGCACCCCAUGAGGAUGGACCAGCGGAUGCCACCACUCAUUCUGGAGGCACGCUCUGAGAUGGACAAGUACCUUUCCAGCGAGGUGCCCCCCAUCCCGAUGCUGCCGGACAAGAAGUACCGUCGGGAGAGCGCCUCGGUGGUGGACGAGUUCUUCUCCACGGAGAAGCCCAGCUCCACCCCCUACAGCGUCAACAUCAACGUCAUCCUGCCGGACACGACCCACCUGCGCACGGGGCUCUACCGGCCCCCCAAACCCAUGGCACCCUUCCCACAGAUCAAAACCGAGCCCGGCACCGGCUUCGCCCAGCCCUGCUCGUCGGCGCCCGGCCCCACGCAGACCCUGCCCGACUUCACCAGCGUGUUCAGCAUGCCCCAGUCGGUGGCGGUCAACAACAUCUUCAUCAAGCAGGAGAUGCCCUCGGAGGUCCCCUUGUCUGCCCCCCCCCAGCCCUCCCAGCUCUACCAGCUGCCCCUGGGUGGUGGCAGUGCCGACGUCCCCGCCCUGACGUCCUCGGGCAGCACCACCACGGCCGUCAGCUGCCUCGGCGGGGUCACCAUGGCCACGGGCAGCACCAUGGCCAGCGUGGGCCACAGGCCCGUCCCGCCGGCGGGGCCGCUGAAGCAGUACCCACACGUGUCCCAGGGACAGGGCAGCUUCAACAUCUCCGGGCAGUUCUACCCUGCCCCGGGGGUCACCCUGCCCCCCUCGCCCCCCAACUCGCAGCCGGGCAGCCCAGAGAACCAGCCCGAGCUCAUCAACACCAUCUCCCCCCCGCCGUCCUACGAGGCCACUUUUGGACUGAAACUGGUCCAGUCAUCCCAGGUGCCCCCGGUCCCCAAUGGCGUCGGGACCCUCUCCCAGGGGCACAUUGUCAUGCAGCCCCCCAAGUACAACCGGCGCAACAACCCUGAGCUGGAGAAGAGGAGGAUCCACCACUGUGACUACCCAGGUUGCUCCAAAGUUUAUACCAAGAGCUCCCACCUGAAGGCACAUCAGAGGACUCACACAGGUGAGAAGCCCUACAAGUGCACCUGGGAGGGCUGUGACUGGCGCUUCGCCCGCUCCGACGAGCUCACCCGGCACUAUCGGAAGCACACGGGGGCCAAGCCCUUCAAGUGCCUCGCCUGCGGCCGCUGCUUCUCCCGCUCCGACCACCUGGCCCUGCACAUGAAGAGGCACCAGAACUAGGAGUUGCCUCCUUCCCACACUUCUCCAAGAGCAGCUGGAACUCUUUCCGCCUCCAAGGGGCCUCCCCUCGUGCUGUACAUAGGAACAAACCCACGCUGUGAUCAACUGGCAGGGCAGGGAUGGCGGGUGAACCCCCUGCCAGGCCUGUCCCCCACUCUUUCUGGUUUUAAAAGAAAUUAAAACCCAACUGGCUCGUUUACAAUGAGUUCUAAUUACAGACUGAUCUCCUGACGAGGCUCCCGGUGCCACUGGGCUGACAGACCUUGGAUUCCAAAGGGCUUUCUUCUGGCAAACCUGCUAUUUAUUUGUCACUCAGGAGCAACUGUCCUUCGUGCCUCAAGUUCUUUGGGAUGGUUUUUUUACCCCUUCCAGGGUGGUGCCUUUGGUGAGGCCCAGGAGGGAUGUGACGGGUCAGCAGCUUGGACCCUCUUGGACUGCCCCAUGGCAUGGCCAUGGAUGUGACACCUUCUCCCAUGGUGUGACCAUGGAUGUGACACCUCGCCCCAUGGUGUGACCAUGGAUGUGGCACCUUGUCCCAUGAAGUGACCGUGGAUGGGACACCUUGUCCCAUGGUGUGACCCCUUGUCUCAUGGUGUGACCAUGGAUGUGGCACCUUGUCCCAUGAAGUGACCGUGGAUGGGACACCUUGCCCCUUGGCAUGGCCAUGGAUGUGACACUUUGCCCCAUGGUGUGACACCUUGCCCCUUGGCAUGGCCAUGGAUGUGACACUUUGCCCCAUGGUGUGACACCUUGCCCCUUGGCAUGGCCAUGGAUGUGACACUUUGCCCCAUGGUGUGACCAUGAAGGUGGCACCUCUGCCGUGUGAGAACAGGAGCACGUGCCCAGGGCUGUUUGGGUUGACAAUCCCAGUCUCUGUGGGGGCAUAAGAGGAGAAGACCUAUGACAUACUCACCUGACGUGCCUUCAAGCAAGGGACAGCACAAAAGCAGGUGACAGAAGCCCCACCUGUGUCCUGUUGAGCCCAGCUGUGGUUUCCUGGCAGCAGCUCAGCUCAGCACACACCUGCCCUGCUUGGCGAGGUUUUUCGGUUGUGUCCUUAGCAUUUCUGCUUCCAAGAUGAAUUUUGACUUCAGGUGUCUCUGGGAGGACUGGCAUGGGUUUGAAGCCACCCAAAAAGCCACUGAUGAAGGUCUGGUUUCCCAGAAGACACCGGUGGUGCCUUUCUCCAGAAGACGCACACAAGGACUCUGUGGUCGCCGAUCACACCAGGCCUGUGCUGUUGCCAUUUCAUCACCUUCAGAUGAGGGGAAAAAAAAUAGAAAAAAAGCAUCUUUGAAACAAAUUCCAAUAAAUCCUCCUGUUCAGAUUGUAAUCACAUUUACCUACCUCACAAGUUCAUGACCUCGGGCUCCGUGAGCACCUUCCCUCCUUGCUGUGGGGUGCCACGACACGUGGGGCACAUCACCCGCUCUCCAAAGCCUACCAGGGGUUAAAUUUGGGCAGGACAAGAGCCAGGCCCUGCCAGUUCCAACAGCAGCUGUGUGGGUCAUAAAUAAAUCAAGAACAAAUAAUGGGCCUGGUGUGUCCAACUGAAUAUUGAUUUUCCUCACACCCUCCUCCUCUUUUAUUUCUCCUCGAACAAAUUUAGGUGCCCCGUGGCCUGAUGUGUGUCUGCAGCGUGGGAUGAGAGGCCACACUGAACUGGGGCAUCUUUGACUGGUGGGAAUGUGGAGGCCACUCCUCUCUGCUGGUGUCAAACUGCACGGGAGCCACAGCCCAUCCUUGGGGUCCUGCUCGUGCUUUUCCUUGGAUAAAUAAAGCUGAGGGGCACCUGUGGCAGAAGAGGAGGGCAGGGAGGAUCUGGGGGGUCCGUGGUGUGGUGUAGGCUUUGGGGUGGGUGAUGUGCCCACGGCUGAUGGCCCAGCGCUGCCGGGAGCCCUUGGGGUGGCUCUUUGGCUCUCAGGCAGGGUGGGAAUGUCAGGCCAUGGAAUUGCUGGAGGUGGCUUAGGUGGCUUUUCCAAUGGUACAUGGGAAGGGCUUUCCAGCCCUCAGCACCAGGGCUGGAGGGUCUGACAUCAGCAACCUCUUGACAUCGAGCUCAAGUGAAGGUCGGAGGGCCUGGCUCAUACCCAGCUGACCACGUGGAUGGACCUCCAAGUGCUUUUUCCAAUCCCUUUUCCAACUCUUCCGUUGCUCGUUGUGGCAGCUCCAUGAGGAUUGGCUGGCUGUGGGGCCAAGGGGCUCGUUGGCCAUGUCCCUUGUUGGCUGUGGGCUCUGGCUCCUCUCUGGGGCACAGGGCAGGACCUUGCCAAUGCCACCCCCACGACCCGGGCUCCUUCUGGUGACCUGAGCUCACCUGGGAGGUUGGACCUGCGGUGCCACCCCCUCCCAGCUAAGGUAGAACCACAGGGGACAGUUUUACCUCUUGCCUUGUGGCUGGGAGGUGGAUCUGGAGAGCCCCAGGGAAGGUCUCUGAUGAUGGAAAAGCCUCUUGGAGAGCAGUGGUGGAGCGGCCCGGACAAGCUCAUCCCAAAGGAAUUUCAGCACAGUGUGGAGAUGCCUCAGCCAGUCCCCCGCCUGUGUCUCCAGGAGGCUCAGGGUGUCUCCAGGAAGCUCAGGCUGGCUUGAUGAGGUUGGUGGGGACCCCCCAUGGCCAUGCUGGGACCUGCUGAGCUCCACUCCCUCCACUGGCACAGCUCAGCCCCUCCAUGGAUGAGCCCUGGCACGGGGAACCUGUGUCCCCACGUCCCCCAGGAGCUCCCAUGGCUGCAAUCCCAACCUCCACGCUCCAAGAUGGCUUUUUGGUGCACCUUUUGUUGUUGAACCUCCUCAAAGCCUGAGCUAAAGCACAAGGCACGGGGUCCCCCUGCUGUCGAGGGGUCACUCCCAUCCCUGGCCCUCUCAGAGGGGUCCCUUUGCCCCCCUCUGCUUUUUGGAGAAGGAAAGCUCUGCUGUGAUUCUGAGGGGGGCCCAAAACCAGUUGGCUAAAAACCACUCCAAAGCCAGACCAACCAACAGGCAGCUUGAAAUUUUAAAUAAUUUUCCUGAUAAUCUCUUUUUUUUUAUUUUCACUAAAGAAAAAAAAUGCACCUCCUUGUCCUCUCUCUGUGUAUAUAUAUAUAAAUAUAUAUAUUUUUUUUAAAUUUGAUGGGGGGGCAGAGGAAGAAGUGUCUUAACAGCCCAGCCCAGCCCAGCCCCACUGCUCUGUAUGCAAAGUGCUGCCAUGCAAAUGCUUGGCUAUGCAAAGGCAACACUUGGUGUGUUUUCUUUUUUAAAAAAAGAGGAAAACCACAGCAAGCCUUGGCUUUUAUUUCUCUAUUUUUAUAUGUACAGAAGUGGACAGCUCUAGGUUUGCCUUUCAUGGCAUUUUAUGGCAUUUCAUGGCAUUUUAUGGCAUUUCAUGGCAUUUUAUGGCAUUUCAUGGCAUUUUCGUGGCUGUUUCUGGGGAGAAGGACGGGGAGACAGGGAGCGAUGCUGAUGGAACCUUGUGGUGAUCCCAGCCUCCAGCCCCAAUCCCAGGGGACACUGGGGUGACAGGGACUUGGGAAAAGCUUUCCAAGGAGCUGAUGGAAGGCCAGGAGGUGGGGCCUGGUCUCUGUAUGAUAACAGGGAGAAAAUCGCUGUAAAUAGGCAAAAAAAGUGCGGUGUGGCUUCGUGGGGCUGUGGAUUCAGGGUGAUCCUUUCCUGUGCAAGAUGAACACAAUGUGAAAGAAAUUGGGGCCCUGGAGAACUUGGGUGGAAGAUUUAUUUCGCUGGUGAUGCUGUGUUUGUUACAGAACUCCUUCUCCCCUGCCAAACUCCCCUGUGACUAUUAAUCCAUCUCAUAUUUUGUAAUAAAAUUUUAUCACGUGGA